ACAGUUUUAGAAACUUCUGAGUGUUUUCUAUCCAAUACUAAUAAUAAUAUGCAUAUUGUGAAGCUGAGUAGGCGGCAGUUAACUCUGGGCACGCUAUUCGUCCAAAGUGAAAAUGCUGCCCCCUAUCCCAAAUACGUUUUUUAAACAUAGUGGCGGGUCAAUUUUGACCCUAAAGACAACACAAAGGUUAAAAUAACAAAGACAAUAAAUGUUUUUGUCAAGUUCCUUAAAUGUGCUGUGAAUGUUCCUAAGUCAAGCAAGUAUCCUGCACCAAUCCCAGAAUGUUGUGGGAAGGCUGUAUGCUAAAUAAGCAUAGGAUAACCAUGCUCUCACAAAGCCCUAAGAAACAUAGUUCCCAGAACGUUAUGUGCUAGCUGGGGGUACUCCAAACUAUCCAGACACUGCAUUAGAAAUUAGGAAAUGCGGUAUAUAUACGCUUCAGAAUAAACUUAUGAAGCCUACAAACUGUUAUAAUAAUCAACAUGUUCUGCUGUCUAGCUGUGUGUGUGUGUGUGUGUGUGUGUGUGUGUGUGUGUGUGUGUGUGUGUGUGUGUGUGUGUGUGUGUGUGUGUGUGUGUGUGUGUGUGUGUGUGUGUGUGUGUGUGUGUGUGUGUGUGUGUGUGUGUGUGUGUUAAAAGGUCACUUCUCUGAGCGCUCUCAUUAUAUCGUUAUGUCAGGGAGAUGUACUAGUGAAGGGAAAUGGCUUGCAGCAAAAACAUAAACAAGAGAACUUCUCAUGGGAAGAAAAGCUGAAGUAGAUUCACUGGUGCUGCAGAUAAACGUUGUGCUCAUCCAUCUCUCCCUGCCAUCCUAAGCCACAAACACUACUUGUAGCUUAGUGGACCAAAGGGCUUAAGGAAUUUCUCAGGAAUGUUCUUGUCUAUGCAUUAUUAACUAUAGAAGAGCUUCUCAGCUAGUACAUAACAUUCUGACAAAAUACUUUAUUUAUUGGUAUUUCAUUACAUUAACAGAAAGUUUCCUAAAAAUUCAAACAUUGUUACAUUUAAUAACAAUUUUGGGAACGCUCUCAGGCUGGUUUGACAUUGGGAAUGUUCUCAAAUAGUUCAGAGAACAUUAGGAAACAGUGUUCUUCUAUGGGAAUUUCAGCAUUUCAGCAUAACCUUUCCUACAGGUUUCCUCUUGGUUCUAUCAACUUGUUCCAAGAACAUUAAUAAACCUUCCAUCAAAACCACAAUAAAACUUUAGUAACUUUCAGAUAACAUUCUAACAUGUAGGCCAAUUUUCUAUUCUCAGCAUCAGCAAAACUCUCUCUAUCCUCGAUCCUGUUAAGUAUGUUCAGGGGAGUUGGGCGCGCCCACUAGUUUGCCACACCUGACCUUAAUAAGUGUUUGUUUCCUUUGAAAUGGGGUCUGUUUGAAUAGACUAAAACGAACAGCUUUGUAUGCUUAAAAAAACAUGGUAUGAUAGCUCCAUCCUGGUGGCAUAGGAGACGUAUUCCAUGGAUAAAAACAGAAGGUUAAAAACAUGGUAUGAUAGCUCCAUCCUGGUGGCAUAGGAGACUUAUUCCAUGGAUAAAAACAGAAGGUUAAAAACAUGGUAUGAUAGCUCCAUCCUGGUGGCAUAGUAGACUUAUUCCAUGGAUAAAAACAGAAGGUUAAAAACAUGGUAUGAUAGCUCCAUCCUGGUGGCAUAGGAGACUUAUUCCAUGGAUAAAAACAGAAGGUUAAAGGUUGGAAUCUCACUGAUGCUGUGUCUUGUCACAAAAAAAACUAAAUGUUUGCGUGAUAAAUGGCUAAGGAAAUACAUUUCCAUGUGUCCUAUCUGUGCUUCAAUAAAGUUAACCCCAAAUAAGCUAACAGUGGUUUUGAAAGUUUUAAGGAAGUUAUAAAAAAAUGUCUAAAUAACCUCAGGGCAUUAAUAAAACCUAAGACGUUCUCAGAACCUCCCUGCAACCUAAAAAUAAGCAUUCCCUGUGGAUGCAACAUUUUCACUUCUUUUCUCAUAAUGUUUAAAAAACGUUACAUUUUACUGUUCAGGAAACUUAUGGAUUUGUUCCCACAACCAAUGUGAAACCAAAAACAUACGUUCCCACAACUUCCAAGAAACCAAAUGUGUUAGCGGGGUUGCGAUGCUAUAAACAAACAAAGUGAAGAUAGACGCGAUUCCAAUUCAAAGUGGACACACCAAUGUAAAUAUUUACCUCAUACAAUCUUGAGUUCCUCAUUGUAAUGAUGAUUAAUUGGGAUGAACAAGAAAGGAAAGGUCACCUGGUAAAAAGUGUUGACUGAAACGGCUUUGUUCAAAACAGUGUUUUGGUCUUCUCUUUAGGCAUACCCAUAAACAGUGCAUUCGGAAAGUAUUCAGACCCCUUGACUUUUUCCAUAUUUUGCUACGUUACAGCCUUGUUCUAAAAUGUUUAGGCUCUGUUCUGUGGUGCUAACUUUACCAAAAGGCCUCAACUGACAGGUUCUGCUAUCCUCCUGAGGGAACUCCACUCUGACCAUGAGGGACCGUCUGGAGGAGCUGCGUCAGAGGGCCCAGGAGUUCCGGGAGGCAAGAAACAAGGCAGAUGAAACCCCAUUCCCUGAGGAAGACGCUGACCCAGAUGACCCAGUGUGGGUUAGUGUCGCCACCCCGCAGCAGGCUGUGGUGUUUGAGGAGGAACCAGUCCUGGACAACUUCCUGUCCGAGGCUCAGCAUAUCCGCGGUGACAUCACUGAGCUCGAAACCGAGGUGAAGAAGUUUAGCCAGCAUCAAAGGAGCCUGGUGGCAGCCAUGCGUCGUUUCAGUGUGAUGAAGAAGGAGAGCAGUGUAACGACGGACAUCAAGCUGCAGGCAGAGAGCAUCCACAGACGGCUGGACGCCCUCUUCAAGAAGGCACAGAGUUUAGAAGGCCUGCAGGGACUGGCUACAGCCACUACACGCAUCCAACGCUCCCAACACGCAGCGCUACACAGACAAUUCCAGCAGGUAAUGCGUUUGUACAACGACUCCAUUCUCAAUAAACAGGAGCGGUGUAAACACUUCAUCAUCCGUCAGCUGGAGGUGUCUGGUCGCGACGUCACCGAGGAGGAAGUGGACCAAAUGGUUUCUGCGGGGAAGUGGGAGGUGUUUAACCAGAACCUCCUCCACAAUGAACGCAUCACACGCUCUAAGCUGUCUGAGAUCGAGCAGAGACACAAGGAGCUGGUGAAUCUGGAGAGCAACAUGAAAGAGCUGAGAGAUCUGUUCAUGGAUGUCUUUAUUUUGGUGGAGGAGCAGGGAGACUACAUAGACCACAUCCAGACCAGCGUAGAGAAGACACAGGACUAUGUCACCGUCAGUAACGAGAAGUUUAAAAUGGCUGCCAGGUACAAGAAAAAUAACCCUUUGAGGAGGCUGUGCUGCUGUUGCUGCCCCUGGAGGUGAUGCACAUAGAGGAGAGACUGGAGACUGGAGAUGCCCCUGGAGGUUUUUCAGAUGGGGAGAGGAAGAGUUCUGGAGAGUCUGCAGGUGGCAUUUCACUUAUAAGAAUCUUCAGAGGAGACCGCGUGAAUCAGGCCUUCGUAGUCGAAUUGCUGCAAAGAAAACACUACUAAAGAACACCAAUGAGAAUGAGAGACCUGCUUGUGCCAAGAAACACGAGCAAUGGACAUUAGACCGGUAGCAAUCUG